CCUGACCACAUGCAUUAUUUUUGAACCGGCCCCCAGGGUCCUGUCUGUAGCCCUGCCUCUUAACUUUUUCUUGGAUUCAACCUAGGUGGGGUUUUCAUUCUCUCAUCCAGCUCCUCGGCCACAUCGAAAUAUUUCCACCUACCACCCUUACUCCUUUGGAAACUGGUCACCUACUCCCCUCAAGGACACAUGAUGUCUCUACCUUUUUAUCAGAAGUCCCACCAGCACUAUGAUCUCAGCUACCGCAACAAGGACCUUCGCACCACCAUGAGCCACUACCAGCAGGAGAAGAAGCGAUCUGCCAUCUACACCCAUGGCUCCACGGCCUACAGCAGCCGAUCCUCCGCUGCUCACCGCCAGGAGUCAGAGGCCAUCAGUCAGGCGUCCACCUCCUCCUACCAGCAGCAGGCCUCGCAGGCCUACAGCCUGGGAGCCUCACAGUCCUCCCUCGGGUCCGAAGUCAGCCGGAAGGCCGCCUCAGCCUACCAGUACGGCUACUCCCACGGGCUUACAGAUUCCAGUCUGCUGUUAGAAGAUUAUUCCUCCAAGUUGAGCCCCAAAACCAAGAGAGCCAAGCAGAGCCUUCUGUCUGGGGAGGAGAAGGAAAAUCUGCCAAGUGACUACAUGGUGCCUAUAUUCUCUGGACGCCAAGUACACGUCAGUGGAAUUACAGAUACAGAAGAAGAAAGAAUUAAAGAAGCUGCUGCUUAUAUAGCCCAGAGGAAUCUUCUUGCUAGUGAGGAAGGAAUCAUAGCAUCCAAACAGUCCACAGCAUCCAAACAGGCCACGGUGUCCAAACAGGCCACAUCUACCCUUCAACAGGAGGAAACUUUUGAAAAGAAGUCAAGGAAAGUUGCGAUUCGAGAAAAGGCAGAGCGCCUGUCGCUGAGAAAAACAUUAGAAGAAACCCAGGCAUAUCAUGGAAAGUUGAAUGAAGACCAUCUUCUCCAUGCUCCUGAGUUUAUCAUUAAACCUCGUUCUCACACGGUUUGGGAGAAAGAGAAUGUAAAAUUACACUGCUCUGUAGCAGGCUGGCCAGAACCUCGUCUCACAUGGUAUAAAAACCAGGUGCCAAUAAAUGUCCAUGCAAACCCUGGAAAGUAUAUUAUUGAAAGUCGAUAUGGAAUGCACACUCUGGAGAUCAACACAUGCGAUUUUGAAGACACAGCUCAGUACCGGGCCUCAGCGAUGAAUGUUAAAGGAGAGCUUUCAGCAUAUGCUUCAGUUGUGGUAAAGAGAUAUAAAGGAGAGUUUGAUGAGACUCGCUUCCACGCCGGGGCUUCUACCAUGCCCCUCAGCUUUGCUGUGACCCCUUAUGGUUAUGCGUCCAAGUUUGAGAUCCACUUCGAUGACAAAUUCGAUGUGUCUUUUGGGAGAGAGGGAGAGACAAUGAGUCUGGGCUGCCGGGUAGUCAUCACUCCUGAAAUCAAACAUUUCCAGCCAGAGGUCCAGUGGUACAGAAAUGGGGCACCUAUUUCUCCAUCAAAAUGGGUACAACCACACUGGAGUGGAGAUCGGGCAACACUGACAUUUUCUCACCUCAACAAAGAAGACGAAGGCCUUUAUACAAUCCGUGUUCGAAUGGGAGAAUAUUAUGAACAAUAUAGCGCUUAUGUGUUUGUUCGAGAUGCUGAUGCAGAAAUUGAAGGAGCCCCCGCCUCGCCCUUGGAUGUGGUGUGCUUGGAUGCCAACAAAGAUUACAUCAUCAUCUCUUGGAAGCAGCCAGCUGUAGACGGAGGGAGCCCUAUCCUGGGAUAUUUUAUUGAUAAAUGUGAGGUGGGCACAGAUUGCUGGUCUCAAUGCAAUGACACCCCCGUGAAAUUUGCUCGUUUCCCAGUCACUGGACUGAUAGAAGGUCGCUCCUAUAUAUUCCGAGUUCGAGCUGUGAAUAAAACUGGAAUAGGCCUACCAUCUCGAGUUUCUGAGCCUGUGGCUGCUCUGGAUCCAGCUGAAAAAGCUAGACUGAAAAGUCGCCCUUCAGCACCCUGGACCGGACAGAUCAUUGUCACUGAAGAGGAACCUACAGAGGGUAUUAUUCCUGGGCCCCCCACAGACCUCUCUGUCACUGAGGCCACCCGGAGCUACGUAGUACUAAGCUGGAAGCCCCCUGGCCAGCGUGGCCACGAGGGCAUCAUGUACUUUGUGGAAAAGUGUGACGCCGGGACCGAAAACUGGCAGCGGGUGAACACAGAACUCCCGGUGAAGUCCCCGCGCUUCGCCCUCUUCGACUUGGCAGAGGGGAAAUCCUACCGCUUCCGCGUGCGCUGCUCCAACUCAGCAGGAGUUGGGGAACCCUCGGAGGCGACCGAAGUGACUGUGGUAGGGGACAAACUUGAUAUCCCAAAGCCUCCUGGCAAAAUCAUCCCAAGCAGAAACACAGAUACCUCAGUGGUGGUUUCUUGGGAGGAGUCCAAAGAUGCCAAAGAGCUGGUCGGAUACUACAUCGAGUCAAGCAUUGUUGGCUCUGGCAAGUGGGAACCCUGCAACAACAACCCUGUAAAGGGCUCACGAUUUACUUGUCAUGGAUUGGCAACUGGUCAGAGUUAUAUUUUCCGGGUCAGAGCCGUUAAUGCAGCUGGACUUAGUGAAUAUUCCAAGGAUUCAGAAGCUAUUGAAGUCAAAGCUGCUAUUGCGGCACCAUCUCCACCUUAUGACAUCACUUGUCUUGAAAGUUUUCGUGACUCAAUGGUUCUUGGAUGGAAGCAACCAGAUAAGACUGGAGGGGCAGAAAUUACUGGCUAUUAUGUGAACUAUCGUGAGGUGAUUGGUGGGGUACCAGGCAAAUGGAGAGAAGCCAACAUCAAGGCUGUCAGUGAUGAGGCAUACAAGAUUAGCAACUUGAAGGAAAACAUGGUAUAUCAGUUUCAAGUGGCAGCCAUGAAUAUUGCGGGGCUAGGAGCACCCUCAGCCGUUAGUGAAUGCUUUAAGUGUGAAGAGUGGACCAUCGCUGUUCCAGGACCACCACACAGUCUUAAGUACAGUGAAGUCAGGAAAAACUCGUUGGUUCUGCAGUGGAAGCCUCCUCUCCACUCCGGACGGACCCCGGUCACGGGUUACUUUGUGGACAUUAAGGAGACCAAGGCCAAAGAUGACCAGUGGCGAGGACUCAAUGAGGCAGCCAUUAAAAACAAAUACCUGAAGGUACAGGGCCUCAAGGAGGGUGUCAGCUAUGUGUUCCGUGUCCGAGCCAUCAACCAGGCUGGUGUUGGCAAGCCAUCUGACCUCGCUGGCCCUGUUGUGGCAGAAACCCGUCCAGGAACCAAAGAGGUUGUUGUAAAUGUGGAUGAUGAUGGAGUCAUUUCAUUGAACUUUGAAUGUGAUCAGAUGACUCCAAAGUCAGAAUUCACCUGGUCCAAAGAUUACGUAGCCACUGAGGACUCUCCACGAUUAGAAGUUGAAAGCAAAGGCAACAAGACAAAAUUGACCUUCAAAGACCUAGGGAUGGAUGACUUGGGCAUUUACUCCUGUGACGUAACAGAUACUGACGGGAUAGCAUCCAGCUAUGUAAUAGAUGAGGAAGAAUUGAAACGUUUACUUGCUCUCAGCCACGAACACAAGUUCCCAACUGUCCCAGCUAAAUCAGAGUUGGCAGUUGAAAUUUUGGAGAAAGGUCAGGUCCGGUUUUGGAUGCAGGCUGAGAAGCUAUCUGGCAAUGCCAAAGUCAGCUACAUAUUUAACGAGAAGGAAAUUUUUGAAGGGCCGAAAUACAAGAUGCAUAUUGAUCGAAACACUGGCAUAAUUGAAAUGUUCAUGGAAAAGCUUCAGGAUGAGGAUGAGGGAACAUAUACGUUCCAGAUUCAAGAUGGGAAAGCAACUGGCCAUUCUACUCUUGUCCUCAUUGGAGAUGUUUAUAAAAAGCUCCAGAAAGAAGCUGAAUUCCAGCGACAAGAAUGGAUCAGGAAACAAGGUCCACAUUUUGCUGAGUAUUUGAGCUGGGAAGUGACAGGUGAAUGUAAUGUACUGUUGAAAUGCAAGGUGGCGAAUAUUAAGAAGGAGACUCAUAUCGUGUGGUACAAAGAUGAAAGGGAGAUCUCAGUGGAUGAAAAGCAUGACUUUAAGGAUGGCAUAUGCACCCUGCUUAUAACAGAGUUUUCCAAGAAAGAUGCUGGAUUUUACGAAGUUAUCCUGAAAGAUGACCGAGGAAAAGAUAAGAGCAGAUUGAAGCUUGUGGAUGAAGCCUUCAAAGAACUGAUGACUGAAGUAUGCAGGAAAAUAGCUUUGUCUGCUACUGACCUGAAAAUCCAGAGUACAGCUGAAGGCAUCCGACUGUACUCUUUUGUUACUUACUACCUGGAUGAUUUGAAAGUUAACUGGUCCCACAAUGGGACUGGUAUUAAGUACACAGACAGAGUUAAGAGCGGGGUCACUGGGGAGCAGAUCUGGCUACAAAUCAAUGAGCCUACUCCAAAUGACAAAGGCAAAUAUGUAAUGGAACUCUUUGAUGGUAAAACUGGACACCAGAAGACAGUGGAUCUUUCUGGACAAGCAUAUGAUGAAGCCUUUGCUGAAUUCCAGAGGUUAAAACAAGCUGCCAUUGCUGAGAAAAACCGUGCCCGGGUGUUGGGCGGUCUCCCUGAUGUGGUCACCAUCCAGGAGGGCAAGGCCCUUAAUCUCACUUGCAACGUGUGGGGCGACCCGACUCCAGAGGUCUCCUGGCUGAAGAAUGAGAAGUCGCUGGCCUCUGAUGACCACUGCAGCCUCAGGUUCGAGGCCGGCAAGACUGCCUACUUCACCAUCACGGGUGUGAGCACGGCAGACUCUGGCAAGUACGGGCUGGUGGUGAAGAACAAGUAUGGCACCGAGACAAGCGACUUCACCGUCAGCGUGUUCAUCCCAGAGGACGAGGCAAGGAUAGCCGUAUCGGAGCCCCAGAAGGGCAACCAGAAGUCCUCCCAGAAAGGCAACCAGAAGUCCAAGUGAACGAGACCGGGUUGAGGGGUGCAGGGGGAGCCAAGAUCAGCAGAGCUGACCUUGCUGCUGUGUGUGAGUGGUUGGGGUUAAGGGUCAGGAAGACGUCUUGGUUUCUCCUAUUUUGUGCUGGCUUGGGGUGGGGGAACUGUCAAAUCUAAUUCAUAUGUUUAAAAAAGCAUCAACUGAUGACUCUUUAAUUGGUUUUCAUUAUCUAUAAAUUAUGUGCUGAGAAAAUACCACUGGUAGCACAUUUAUUAGUUUUAAGGAAAAGAUCCAAAUAAUGUUGGAGGGAUGUUGCAUGAUGGUCAGAGAGCAGAGGAACGUGUUGUGGGGCAGAGUUGGGAUUGGAUGAGAUUUUACCAGUAAGUUCUCUUGGGUAACAAUGAUACUUCAGCAUCCUAUCACCAUGGACACCAGCUGGUAAGCCAUCAGUGUGUUUUGGUGUGCUGUUACAACAGUGAUGUGUGUUUCUGUGGGCAGCCUUGUGAUCUGGCACCUCCUUGGUAUGAAUAAACCGUCUCACAUCUUUC